GGGCCGUCGAACAGGUGCAACUCAACACUGCAGUCUGAUUCGCUUUUGGUGUGCAUUAUCAAGCAGAUAGAACAUACAACACCCUAUUUAUUAUAAUCAAUUCAAGGGAAUUCUCCAAAACACUCCCCCAUUAUUGUCUUAGGCGGGUUUUGAAGAGUGACUUCUUGAUUCCAACAGCCGUGGCAUGGCCUCGAAAUCCGAGAAAGGUGCUUCAUCGACUGCUAUUACACUUCAGCAGCAAGAAAAUGAGCGACUGUACUGCGGAUUCCUUGACUUAGCAUGGCCAGUCGGCACGUUUGAGGGAAUUCUAAAGGUGUUCCAAUUCUUCACUACGCUUCUCACGUUCGCGAUACUAUGCACGGCGUUCAAAACUGACCCUUAUUUAAAGAACUAUAAGAUGAAUCCUGAGUACGAGUUUAUGGUUUUUGUGGCUGUAACAGCUUGGAUCUUUGUGAGUCUUCAUAUUUUGUUGAAAAUGACGCAUUUGUACGAACAGCUACCUGCCGCGUGUAUUCGCCCUGAGGCUGGCCUUGUUCUCGUAUCUGUAGGGGUUUUCAUCUUUCUUGUGGCCUCAUCUCUGGUCGCGAGCUAUUCUUAUAUCUGGAGCGCUUUGAAAGCUAGUGCGGCCUUUGGGUUUGUCUCGGCGUUCUUGUUCCUGGUUGAAGUUGUCUACAUGGUCGUGCGAUUCCGAAAGUCGCGUGAAUACGGAAAUACCACAGAAGAGGUCAUACGUUUUGCUGCCGAUAAUACCAAAACUGUCGCUGCCGCUGUUUAGAUUCUAUAAAUACAACAACGCAUGCAUAGUAAAAUUGAAGACUGAAAACAGCAUAGGAACAGCGGGAUGUAAAAACUAAAGUCACAUGAACACGCAACAGUAAAGAAUUUUCUCAGUUAUAUGAACCAGUAAUUUGAUGAGAAAAAAAAGAUCUUGUGAAAUUUCACGAAAUUAUACAAAGGAUUGAAAUAAUAUACAAGACAGUAUUUAUUUUCCGUAGACCAUAGACAUUAUAAAGAACACAAAAUGUGAUUAAAAUUGCUUGAUUAUGACUUGAGAUAAUUAAAGCUUUGCACGACAA